GCGGUGGGUGUUUCCGCAUUCUGCAAAGAGCUGUCAGCAGAAGCGUAACGUGCAAAAGGACUGUCGCGUCGGAGAAGGAACGUUCCUCUGGGGAAUAGCGGUGACUCCACACAGGAAGAAGACAUGCCUUACAUGCUGGUCAGCACGCAGAUCAGACUGGAGAGCGGGCCAACCAAUGUAGGAGAUGAGCAUUCAGAUCCAGCUGUCAUGAAUUACUUGGGAGCACGAAAAACAACCAUGCUGGGAAACAAUUUUUCAGAAUACCAUGUGGACGAGCCUCCUCGCCAGGUGUUGGACAAGCUGGAGAAAAUUGGCUACCGUGUGCUGACGAUGACGGGGGUGGGGCAGACGCUAGUGUGGUGUCUUCACAAGGAGAUAUGAUGUGAUUUACUGUCCAUGUGUAAUUAAAUACAAAAAUGCUACAAA